AAAAAAAUUAAUAGCAUUAAGUUAACAAAAAAAGAAUAAUAAUAAACCAAUCAAAAAAUGAGUCAAACAAAUAAUAUUUAUGAAAUUAGUUAAUAAGUAUUUGAUGAAAGCUAUUCAUAACAUUAAAUAUGUGAUAAAUCGUGUCAGAAGUAGCUAUUUUAAUCUAGAAAUUAGAAUGUCUAAAAUGGAUUGCUAGGAGAUAACAGUUUUAUUUUAAGCUAAGUAGAAGUAAUAGAAGACUAAAUAAAACCAGAUUAAUUAGAUAUAUUAGAGACGUUCAAUGAUAAGAUAGAUUAAUUUAAAGAAUAUGUUGACCCUGACUAAAAAAACAAGUAGUAAACGGAAACAAAUCAAUAAUAAUCAACAAAAAGCAUAAAAAAUUAACAAUAAGAUCAAUUAAAUACUCAAAUGAGCAACCUUGCUCAUUUUGAAGGAUUAUAAAAUGCGAAGCAAAAUUAGUAUCAAUAUCCAAAUGAAACAUAAAUGAAGUCAAGCAAAUAAUAAGAUUAAAGCAGAUAAAAUAAUUCUAUCUUAUGGUAGCUAGAUUAAUAAAAUAACAAAGGAAUAAUAUUAUAAAACAAUAACAAACUAAAUAAAUAUCUUAACCUGAUAAAAAAGUUUUAAUAAAGAAUAAAAAUUAGAAAAGAUGGUGUAAAAAACAGAUAAUAAUAGCUUUUAUUAAUUGAUGAUUUAAGUAACAUAGACUAAUUUCAAAAGUAAUCGUAUAAUAAAAACAAAUAAUAUGGGCUGAUUAAUUAAUUAUCUAUCAACUUUAAUUAAAUCCCUAUCAUAUCUCCAACAUUUAAAUUAAUUAUCAUAUGGGAUAUUUUUAGUUUAAUUAAUUUCACUGUUUUUUACUUUUUGCUAUCAAUUGUUAUUUUCUUUAAUAGUCAACCAGUUAAUUCAAAAGCAAUUUCUUACAUAUGUUUGAUAGCUUUGUCCUUAUUAUUCUUUGAAAUGAUAAUUAAUUGCAACAUUGCUUAUUUUGAAGAAGGAUUUUUUGUUAAAGAAAGAAAAAAAAUUAUUUAAAAAUAUAUUUUUUCUUUUCAUUUUCACUCAGAUUUUAUCAGCACUAUUAGCUUAUUAAUAAAAAUCAUAAAUGAAUCUUUACAAAAUAAUUAAAAACCUAACUGUCCCUACCUUUCCAUUUACAACUAUUUGAUAUUUCUUAAAAUUUAUGGGCUUUACAUUAAAUAAUAAAAACUUGAGAAACACCUCUAAUAAAAAUAUUAAUUUAAUUGUGUCUAUGAAAUUGCAAAAAGUAUAUUUCAUAUUAUCGCACUUGCUCAUAUAGUAUCUAUUGGUUGGUAUAUUUAAUCAUAUAUUUAUUCAACUUAUUAUCCUGAAAGUCUCACAUGGAUAAAGACCCUUUAAGUCUAAGAGUCAGAGUAUUAUAUAAAAUAUAUUUAUUCCUUUUAUUGGGCUAUAAGCACUCUUACUACAGUUGGAAAUGGUUACUUGACUGCAUACAAUUUUAUAGAGGCUUUUUAUGCCUCUAUAAGCAUCAUAACUUUUAGCUUAUUUUUUGCUUAUUAUGCUAACUGCUUAGGGUUCAUUUUCUAAAAUAAUUUUAAAGAGAAAAAGAAAUUUUAAAAUAACAUUUAUCAAAUGAAUAGUUAUUUAUCAAGUAGGUAAAUCGAUCCUGAUCUGAAAUAUAAAAUUAAUUAAAAUCUUUCAUCUACUCAUAAAAAUCUAAAAGAUUAGUAUAAUAUUGAAGAAAGUCCUAUGUUUAGCUCACUACCAAAAAAACUUAGAGAAGAAAUUUAAAUUUAAAUUAACACAAAUAUGUUGAAAAACUUCAAUUUUUUCUAAAAUCUAUCUUAAAAAUCUUAGUAUUAGAUACUUUUUAUACUACAAGAGAUGGUCAUACCUCAAGAUGAGAUAUUAUUUAAAGAAGGAGAUCUAUUAGAUAAUUCUGUUUAUAUUAUUCAAGAUGGAUCAAUUUAAAUUUAUCAGCAAAAAUCAGAGUACUUAUAGACACAAAUAUCUAUUUUAUGUAAUUUAAACAAAAAUUAGUCAUUUGGAGAAGUUUCUUUUUUUACUGGAUUAGCAAGAUCAGCCUCUGCUAAAGCUAUAAAAACUUCAAUUAUUUACAAAUUAGAUAGGAAACAAUUUAUUGAAAUAAUUAAAUAAAAUUAAGGAGAUUUUGAAUAUUUUAAAAUGAUCUAAGACAAAAUUAUUUACUCUAAAAAUUUUACUGAUUUAAAAAUAGAUUGUUAUUCUUGUUAACAAAAGGGGCACAUUUUAAAAUAUUGCCCAUAGAUUAACUAAAAAUUGAAUAAUAAAAUUAAUACACUGACUAAACAAAACUAAUUUAAAUAAAAAAGGUAAUAUCGUGAUCGAAAACAAUUUAAAUCAUUCAAUGCAAAACAUGCUAUAAAAUUAUUUCGAAAAUAAGGAAUAGAAAAUAUACAAAAUGAUCAAUAAAUAUCUAUGAAUAACCCAAAAGAUAAUGAAUAUUAUUCAUUUUAAUAAAUAUAACUUAAUAAUUAAUAAGUAGCAGAACCAUUUUUGUAGUUUAACAAUUUAUAAAGUGUAAUUAAGAAACAAAAUUUUAAAGAAACUAUUGAUAAAUCUUCGAGAAAGUCGUAAUAAAUAUAACAGGAUUAGAAUUUAAGCGAUAUUAAUAUUGAUUUUAAAUAAGAAAUCAGUAUCUAAGAUCAUGUAUAAGGAUUUGAAAUGUAGGAAUCGUAAAUGAAGGUCAUAAAAAAUAAAAAUAAAAGUACUUCCUUCUAAAAAAACCUAGUUACAAAUGAAAUAAAUAGCAUAUCAGACAUAAUUAUGAUAACUAAUUCAAAGAUAAAUAUUUAGCAUGACGAAGAAACAUUAAAUGUUACUUCUAAUCUGAUAAGCGACUUUUAAAUAAAAGAUUUACAGAAAGUAAAAAAACCCAUAACACCCAAUUAAAAAACAUAGAAUAAUGAAUUAUAAACACAAUCAUGCAAAAAUUAAGGAAACAGAUGCUCAGCUGAUGUUAAUUCUAAUUCAAAUUGUUUAGAUAUGAUCUUAAAUACUAAUGGAUAAUUUAUUUAUGACCAAAUAGAAGAUUAAGUGCAGUCAUCAAUAAAUUUAAGUUAUCAAGAAUCAGUCAACAAAUAAUAAACUAAAAUAGAAUCAAGUUAGUUAUCACCUUGUAAAUGCUAAAAAAAUAAGCUAUUUGAAACUAGGCUGUCUAAAUAAAAUGAAUAAAAUGAGCUAGAUCAAACUUUGUAAAAUAUUAAAUUUAUUUUUUCAAAGUACGAUUCUGAAUAACCAUUUAACCUUUAAAUAGAUUCAAUUAAAAAGUAUAGAUAUUACUUUCCAACACAUAAUUAUGAUUUAAUACUUAAGCAAUAUUAAAAGUAUUUAACUAAAAAGAAAAAUAAAUUUUAAUAAAAAAAUUAAUGAUCACUCAAUAAAUCUAUAUUAAAAAAUUAUAUUUAUGUUCAAAAUCAAGUUAAUUAAUUAAUUAUAAUAGUCAACGAAAAUUUUAAGUUAUUGAAGUAACUGUUCGUAUCAUAUUUUGUUUUUAAAUUUUUUUAUAU